AUGAUAACGAUGGGUAGGAAACGGGACGGAGUGUACAGAUCAACGGUAGUCGAAGAGACCGAAGUCGAGCGGGACAUUGAUUUCUACGACACGUCAUGCGGUAUCGGGAACUGGAGGCCCGAUUGGCUACAAGUGUUCGCGACGACCAAAUUUUUUGUCAUAAACUUCUCGGCUGUGGCUGUACUACAGGGCGCGUACUUCACGUACUUAAUCGGAUCCAUUUCGACGCUCGAGAAACGGUUCGCCUUCGAGAGCAAGAUAUCGGCCUUUAUAUUAAUUGCCGACAAUUUGAGUCAAAUGUUUUUGAGUCCAGUCGUCGGUUACUUUGGCGCCAAAUAUAAUAGAUCUCAUUUGAUAGCAAUCGGUGAGUUAGUUGUGGGCUUGUCUUGCAUUAUGAGUGCACUCCCGUACUUCAUAUACGGGCCCGGAUUGCACUUACUCUCGAGGACUGAUGUGGUGUCAAAUGUGACCCAAUACGAGAUGUGUCCCACCAAUCCAUUGGACACGAAGUGUGGCGACGACAGCACUGAACACACGACUGUCUAUUUGGCAGUUGUCAUACUAUGGUUGGCCAGUUUUGCUAACGGCAUCGGUUAUACGGCUUUCUAUACCAUUGGUUUGCCAUAUAUUGACGAUAACAUCAAGAAGAAAAAUUCUCCCAUUUAUAUCAGCACGACAGCAACGCUACGAUUAUGCGGACCGGUAUUGGGGUUCUUAUUGAGCUCAAUAUCAUUGCACUGGUAUGAGGACCCGCUCUAUGAUCCACAUAUUAAUACAAAUGAUCCACGAUGGACCGAAGAGUUAGACACUUUAGAAGAAGUUAAAUAUAAUGUCGAGAGUACUAAAAAAAUAUCCAAAUUAAAAGAGAUAAAAAUAUCACUCAAGAGAUUAUUUAAAAAUCCAAUUCUCAUAUUUCAUGCUUCGGCCGGAAUUUGUCGGUAUAUGGAAAUGCAAUACAGACAGUCGGCGUCCAGCGCUAGCUUUAUCACCGGAUCCACAAGUAUAGUAAUGAUGGCCAUUGGGAUAAUGGGAGGCGGAGUUAUCAUCAAAUAUUUUAAGCCAAAACCGCGACCUCUUGUUCUGUUUAUGUUUACCGUUGAACUGAUCGCCAGUUUCUCUAUUUUGUCCGCAAUGUUCUUCGGAUGUCCGGCCCCU